UAGAAACCAAUCCAAAAUAUUGGAGUAGAGCUUAUUUUAAGACUUGGACCCAUUAUGAUGCUGUGGAUAACAACCUUUCUGAAUGCUUUAACUCUUGGAUAUUAGAAGCUAGGUACAAACCUAUUAUUAGUAUGCUUGAUCAUAUUAGGGUGCAAUGUAUGGAGAGAAUUCAUGUGAAGAGAGAUUACCUGGCUAAAAUAGAUAGUGAUUUAUGUCCUAGGAUCCUUAAAAAGCUUAAUUAUAACAUUGAGGGGUCAAAAAAAUGUAUUUCUACUUGGGAUGGGGGAGACAAGUGUGAAGUAAAGGACUUGGAUAGAAAUCAGUUUGAAGUAGACAUGAAAAAUAAGCUUUGUAGUUGUAGAAAAUGGCAAUUAACUGGAAUACCAUGUAUUCAUGGUUGUCAAGCCAUCUUAAGCAUCAAUGCUGCACCAGAGAGUUUUAUUGAUGAAUGCUUCAAGAAGGCAACAUAUCUCAAGUCCUAUACGAAUUUGUUGUGCCCUAUGAAAGGAAGUAAAGAAUGGCCAGUAGCAAAUCAAGUGAAAUUGCUACCUCCUAAAGACAGGAGAAUGCCUGGAAGGCCAAAAAAACAUAGGAGAAGGGAGACUGAUGAGGUAGGUAGUGGUUGUAAACUGUCAAAAAAAGGAAUUGUAAUGAAAUGUAGUAGAUGUCUAAUGAUUGGACACAAUAAAGCCACCUGCAAGACCAGUGAGGCUGAGGUUGUAGAGAGUCAUAGAAAAGCAGAUGAAGCCAAAAAAGCACAGGCUGUGGCCGCAAGGGCACAUUCAAUAAGAAGCAAACAAAAUGUCAGGAAGAAAGGACUACAGACUACUGCAGCUGCUCAGACUUCAACAUGGAUUGCACAAGCAAAAAAAAAGAGGCAGACCACCAAAGGCUACAACUGAACAGACUACAACAGAAAAUACAAGUCAGCAGACUCCAGAGCAUAACAAUGAGGGUCCUGAGGCUCCUUUAACUCAAGAAAUGGGUACCGAAACAGCUAAAAAAAAGAAAAGAGGUAGACCUCCAAAGGCCUCAAACACUCAAGUUCAGACAAGAAAAGGGCCAGCUGGUGUUGGAGUUUUAAUCGGAGAUGAUGGGCACACCUACUUAUCUUCAUCAAGGUCCACUAUAAGAUUGACAGAGUCACGACCAAGCACUACUACUCAAUCUGCAGAAGGGGUACCAACAGAGAGUUCAAGUCAGCCCACUAAGCUCCAUUGAGAAAGGGUGGAGAAGUGAAUUGAGAAAUUAGAGUUUGAAGUGCAUUUGCAAUCUGUUUUCUAUUAUGUUUUGAAUCUAUCUAGUGAAUUAUGUUUGAAUCUAUCAAGUGAACUUACUUGACUAUUUUUUAAAUGAGUCAGAAUGUUAUGCGGACUUUGUGUUUUUGUUUGUGUA